UAUAGUCACAGAAGACGAAAGCACCAUUGUGCAUUCAGAGGGAUGGAGGACAGGAGGUACCUGCCACCAGAUGGAGGUGGAAAUGCCAAACGCUCUGCCUCAGCUGAGUGUGACGCAGUGGAUAGAGUGAUCAGGAAGGAGCAGGAUGACCCUGAGACCUCCACACAAAUUUGUGUGAGAAAAGACGAUCUCUGCGAUGUUCCUCGCAAGGUGCCUCGUUUCCAGUAUGUGGAUUUCCCUUCCCUGCACCAGUGCAUCCAACAGCUUUCUGUGCCUCCAUUGAACAGCUGGCUGGGAUCCUGCUCGUUGGCAAAGGCACCAAACUACAGGCCUGACAGUCCUAAGGAAAAGGUGCCCAAGUUUAAAUACGUGGACUACCCAUCUCUUCACCACUGCAUUCAGCAGCUGUCUGUGCCUCCACUGGAAAGCUGGAGUGCAGGUCUGGUCAAGUUUAAUGCAAAGGGGAAAGAGGAUGGCUCUGGGUCACAGAAGAGACCCUCUCAACCUGGGACUGUGAAUAAUAACAAAAGCAAUGAGGCAAGAGAUCAAAAAAACAAGGACAGGAGUAGAGUUAUAUCAUUUUCUUUCCCAAGAGACACACACAACUCGGUCUCAGGCAAGGAGGAGAGGCCUCAACAUGAUUACCCCUCAGAGGUGCCACAGAGGUUAGAGAAAGAUAACUCACCUAUCAGGUCCCGUGCUACUCACACAGAUGCUUCUUUGCAAUCAGAUUGCAGAUCAAGAGCAGAAUCUGGUUCUGGAUCUUGUAGUGAUGCAGCAGUAGUGAGAAACAACAGACCGUCUAUUAUUAACAUGGUGCACAUGGAUAAGCAGAAGCACUGGACAACGGCAGAACACUUGGAAGAACAACUGAACUCUCCAGAUUCAGUCGGACGGGUACCAUGGAAAACCAUCCCGGAGUCAGUCUGCCCAUUCUGCCAACAGAUGUUCACAAACCCCGAGCAGUUCAGGGCUCAUCAGCGGAGCCAUAGAGAUAAGAGACCAAACUGAUGUGCAGAAGAACUGAGUGAGAACUACUUUUGGCAAACAGUUAAUGCCACAUCAUAUGGAAUCGUAUCAUCAGAGGCCUUCUUGUGUUGUUACUGGCUUUAGUGGCAUUGCUGGCAGGACUAUAGGGAGAUCGAAGAUGCAUUAAGUACAUUAGACAGUUUGGGUUCAGACCUUAGGGAGAAUGUAAGACAUUGACUUAUGUUGUGAUUCUAAAAAGGCAGAACUGGACAGACAGAAACACACAAG